GACACAUUGGGAAGGCUUCUGGCAACUCCUUCGCCGCUAAACACAACAGUUUCAAAAUGGCUUCAACAAUCGGACCUUCAGACAACUACACAGAAGGUGUUAACGAUAACGUGUCCUAUGAGGCUAUGGGGGAAAACACGUCACAAACAAAUACAAUGGAAUUAGAUAUACAACAGUUUAUCGAAUUCGAAGCCUAUGUGCGCAUUAUAAUCCCUAUCAUUUUUGGACUGAUUGUUUUGCUGGGGCUGAUUGGAAACUCAUUAGUGAUUUUUGUUAUAUUAAAAAAUCAACAAAUGCGCAGCACUACAAACAUUUUAAUAUUGAAUCUGGCUAUAGCAGAUCUGUGUUUUAUCAUAUUUUGUGUUCCAUUUACCGGCACUGCGUAUGUACUUACUAUUUGGCCUUUUGGAACUGCUUGGUGCAAAAUUGUACAGUAUGUAAUUUAUGUAUGUGCGUAUGCUAGUGUCUAUACACUUGUUCUUAUGUCCUUAGAUCGGUAUUUGGCAGUUGUUCAUCCAAUUUAUUCAAUGUCUUACAGAACACAGUGGAACACAAUUUGGAUCAUUAUUGCACUAUGGGUUAUCAUUCUAGGUGGGCAUGUACCACUUCUUCUUCACAAUGAUGUGGUUUCUUAUGUAUACAACAAUGAAAGCAGAUCGGCGUGUCUUAACGAAGAAACAAUUGCCAGUCCUUACUCUGCGAAAGUAUUUUAUGGAUCGUUUUUUGCUUUUGGGUAUGUUCUACCAUUGUCAUUGACAUGUGUAUUGUAUGGAUUUAUGCUUAAACGCUUGUUGUACGGGGUUGUUCCUGGUGGAUCACAAAGAGCAGAAAGCAUUCGUUCGAAGAAACGAGUCACAAAGAUGGUGGUGAUUGUCGUUGUCAUAUUCGCUCUCUGUUGGUUGCCGAUACAAAUUGUGUUUAUGAUUCAACACUUCGGCAAUUUUAACGACAGCGUAACUUUUGUGGCCAUUCAGAUGGUCUCAAACGGCCUUGCCUAUAUGAAUUCCUGUGUAAAUCCUAUUCUGUACGCGUUUCUGUCCGACAACUUCCGGCGCAGUUUCCGGAAAAUUCUAUGUUGUGGCUAUGGUCAAUAUACGAAGUUUGAGUACGAGAGGACGAAUGUUAAAAUGGAAAAGGCAGAAAGGACAACGAUACCUCCCCCAGCUUCCAAACAUCAAGGCCCGUCUACAUCACCAUCGACCUGUACCGGCAUAUCUACGACGUCGUUGCAUACAUACUACAAUAAUGGGGAGAAUAACCAACACACUGUUAACCAUUGCACUCAAACAGAAGUUUAAUGGAUAAAGAGAUGUGAGGCGUCUGAUUAUGAAUACAUAUGUAUCUACAAUUUAUCAUGUAAGAAUGUGGAUUAUGUUACGUUUAUUUUAUAUGUGUAAUGAUCGCGUUUUCAAUUUAAACAUAUGCGAGUAAGCAGUACAUGACAAGAAUAGUUCUAUCAGUUAUAAAUGUCGAUAUGUGUUGGUUCACUGAACGAAGGUCAAUGAAGAUAUGUAAAACCGUGCUUAUCUGUGUUUGUAUAUUGAGUGAAUAUAAAUAUAAACCAAACCAGAGAUCGAUUGCAAAUGACCCGCUCGAGACACUGUUCGCACAUACACUUGUUAAAUUUGUAUUAAAUUUUGGUAAUACCUUGCUAUAUACUAGUAUGUUUAAGGCAAGGGAAAACAAUCUUCAAUGAACUUAUAAUUACUAUUGCGUGAAAGAUAAUUAACGUAACAGUCUCAAAAGCCAUCAUAGUGACAUAAGUGUUGUGUUGUAUAAUUAAUAAAUGACGCUAACCGAAUCGUGCUAUGACAUAAAACAGUAUCCAUUUUAAAGUGUAAUUGUGCAUUCUUGCAUGAGUGUUUGUUUAAUUUUUAUUGCUACAUUUAUUAUUAAUAAAGUGUACAUGAUUCGCUUUUAAUAUGUAGCUUCCUUCCAUUUUCAAACUUUGACAUGGCUUUUCGUCAUUCUUGUCGUGGAGGUCUGCAGUAAAGGACUUCCCAUCUCCAAAGUCUUUCAUUGGAUGAAAUAACUACUUGUAAGUAAAGCUUGCUUUCUUAAAUCAGACAAACCGUCAGCUUUUUUUGAAGAAAGAAACAUAUGUGUUAAAGAGAAAUGAUUUAUGAUAUGACUCAAUUAAAUAAUGAAUAAAUUACCGUUAUACCAACUUUUUUCAUAAUUAGCUUUGUGUAUACAUAUACUAUUGUAUUUCCAUUUUAUAUUAAUUCAUUAUUAUUUAAUAGGCAGUGAUUACCCAGUGAUCAUGGUGCGUGAACAAAUCGAAUCGCUUGUGUUUACAUUCAAAAGAGAUGCUAUAAAUCGACAUUUAGUGUGUACAUUAUUUAGAUUAUAUAUAUUAUAUGUGUUCUUUAAAUUCAUAUAUUUAGUAGUAUGUAACAUGUAAUUUAUUGUUCUUAUCGAUGUGUGUCAUUCGCAUAUUUGCAGAUAACUAGAUUUUACCUUCUAUCAGAUUUAUUGUCUACACACUGUACAUAUAAAGCUACCCUAUUCGAGCUA